AUGGAGAAGGAAGUACGAAAGAGAAAGAUUGCUGGAGCCGACAUUCGUUCCCAGAGAACAAUUUCUCGAAGUGCUGACAACAAAGGCUCAGUAAAUACCAUCACAUUGAAAGGUGAGAAGGGUACCAGCACGGGUACCAGCAUGGACAAACUCGAUUCAAGGACUGAGAAUCCAGGUGAAGUAUUAGGUGAGGGCAACCAAUCACCAACACAACCACCACCACCACCACAACCAACGUUUCAGCAUUGUUGGUUAUGCAAACAGCCCCACCAGUUGGACACAUGCCAACGGUUUCUGAGUAUGACCCCUACUGUUCGUCUCACAGAGGUGAGGAAAGCUCAUGCAUGUUACUUUUGUUUAAAAAUUCAUCGCAACCCAUGUAGAAGAAAGAAAAAGUGCACGUUGUUAAGAGACGGUGAAGCAUGCAGGUUCAGUCAUCACCCCUUGCUCCAUGGAGCGCCAUUUGAGCGAAUGUCCAAUAACAAUGUAUCUGUCAUUGCGGGAGGAGAAGGCCUGCUCCCAACCUUGGAA